AUGCCACCGCGACGUAAUAUACCCGUUGGUAACGACGAUAAUUUUUCGGCGAUAGACCGCAUGACCCAAGCAAUGGAGCGAAUGGCUGAGUUCAUGAUGGCUCAGCAAGUUCAGAACCAGAAUCAGGGACAGCCACGGGUCGAUAUCGCUAAGUCUAUAGCAAACCGGCAACCGCCAUACUACGCCGGGGAAAAAGACCCGGUGAUCUUAGAAGAGUGGAUUCGGACAUUUGACAAGUUACUUAACGCAGUGAAUUGUCCUGCGAAUCAGCGAGUGCCUUCUGCAGUGUACUACUUGACAAAAGCUGCUGACAACUGGUGGUCAACAGUUGGACCUGAUCUACUACAAGACCCAGAGUUUGGCUGGGAAGAGUUCAAAGUGGAAUUGAGGGGGCAAUUUUAUACCGAGCGCAUAAAAGGGAUUAAAUGCGAGGAGUUUCUUCGACUGAAACAGAAGGGAACAACAAUUCAAGAAUACCAUGAUCAAUAUGUGGAACUAAUGCGUUUUGCUCAGGAAAUUGUACCUGACGAGGCAAGUAAGGCAAGAAGGUUUGUUCGGGGAUUGGACUGGAGCAUAAGAGGAAUGAUCGCACCGUUUAUGUGCUCUACUUUGAAAGAAGCAUAUGAUAGAGCCUCGGAUCAUUAUCAGGUGUAUCUGGAUCAGCAGGAGGUUUACGGCCGAAGCAAAAGAAAGGCUGAUAAUAAACCACAGAGGUUCUCGGCAGUAAACAAGAAGGUGAAUCUAGGAAGUUUUACUCCAACAACCGGCAAGGGAAGGGAAGGAAUCAAUUGGGGAAAUCGUUCUACUUGUCGAUGGUGCGGAAGAAUUCAUCCCGGGGAAAACUGUCAAGGGAUGAAAGUUAAAUGUUACACGUGUGGUCUUUUUGGGCACAAGUCUUUUGAGUGCCAAAGACAAAUAGACAGCCCACAGAAAGCUCUGCAAAAUGUGAACCAAGGGAGAAGAUUCAACGGGAACAAUGGUCAGAAGCCUGCUGGGACAGAAAUGAGAUGA